GAAUGGCAUGGAAUGCAAUUCUGGAUAAGCUUCUAUGUACUGAGUUAGAAAAAAUUGAUUUUGUGGAAGGAAGUCAAUUAAAAGGAAUCAAAAAGAUUGUUCAUCAUUCCUUAAACAUUCUUCUAUGUUAUUUGGAAAAAGAAUGCUUUGUCGGCAAUCAAUGUUCUUUCUACACAACUUCCCUGGAAGAUGAUUUAAAUUCCAAGGUAAAUACAACUGCAAAGAAUUUAAGAGGAACUGCAGAGAGCUGUAACAUAAAAGAAACCUCGGCAUUAGCUUUUAAACUGCCUAGUAAUUUGAAUAAGGAGGAUAUUGGAGAGUGGGCCUCAUCAUGCCUCCUAGAGUGCAUUUUUGUGGCAUCAUCCUCUCACAAGUCAAGCAAUGAGGAAAAUUCAACUUGUGCAGCUGAAGUGACCUCAAGUUGUGGACAAAAUAUAUUCCCUCAAGAUAUUCCAUGCCAUGGGGCUUCUGAACCAGGGACUUCCAAUUCUUCACAUGGGAGUUCUUGCAAUGCUUUGGAGUUGGCUAUCAUCCGCAGCAAUGCCCUGCUUGACUACACAUGGCAGCAGCUAAAUUCCAAAAACUGGAAAGAUGUUGGCAUCCAGUGGCGUUAUUUAUACACAUGGAGUAGUGUCUGCCUUGUGAGCUUGUUACUGAAGAAACUACAGCAAGAUUUGGAAACUGCUAGUCUCUCAAUGAGAGCCAUUGCUGCCGCCACUGCCCGCAUUGUGCGCUUGAUUGAUAUGGGUCUCCUCAUGGGAGCUCCCUUGCCAAGCAGUCCUCUAUCUCCUUGUGCAAGUCUCCUCAACUCAUUAGCUCGGCUUGAUAUUCCUUUGGAGGAGCGUGGCUUGAAUGAUCCUGUAGAGGAUCAGCAGGAAUUUCAGGAUACUUUCAAUGUUCAAGAACUGCAGAAUCAAAAUGAAAAUGUGAUACAUGGUGAUAAAUUGAACUCAAAAAAUUGCCCAUGUUCCUCAGAAAGAAGACAACUAUCUUUAGAAUGCAAAAACUCUGACAAUGUUACAAGUGUUUUAGAAAAUAGUCAGUCUGGAAUCAACGGUGACAUGAUAAUGUGCAGAAAAACGCUAUUGGAUGUGGGGAAAAAUGCUUCUAAUUCUGUUGAUGACUUCUCUUCCUGCUCCAGCUUGAAUAAUCUACUAUCUUGUCAGAAUACAUCAAAAAAUGAACUGCAUCUACAAAAAGCCACAAAGAAUCAAGGAAAGAGAAAACUGUCAGAAAAUACAUAUGAAAAAAUAUCAGUAAAAAACUUGAACUCAGGAAACAAAUUUGAGAACUUACUAAGAGAUGAGCUUGGCAGUAAACAUCUCCCAGCUGUGACUGACUUUUUUAUGGAUCACAUUAUGAAGCUUGAGCCAGUGAAGCUCUUGGGUGUGUUAGACCACUGGCCUGCUCUGCACAAAUGGAAUCUUGGAUACCUCAGAAACCUGGCAGGGGGCCGUACUGUACCUAUAGAAGUUGGUGCUCGCUACACUGACAAUGAUUGGGCGCAGGAACUUAUCACCCUGGAUCAGUACAUCUCACGGUACGUGGCACAAACUACUGGGCCUCCUGGUUACCUAGCCCAGCACCAAUUGCUGGACCAGAUCCCAGAACUGCUGGACGACAUUAUUGUUCCUGACUAUUGUCAUCUGGGCAACACUGAGCCCAGAUUGCAUGCUUGGUUUGGGCCCAAAGGAACAGUCAGCCCGUUGCAUCACGACCCGGACCACAAUAUUCUCGCCCAGGUCGUCAUGGCGGUAAUUUGGUCAGUCAUUGGCAUAAGCAUCAGCUUCGCCAUGAUGCGAGAGAUGUUUCAUCCGGGCUACUACGAGACUAAGGUGAGGACAAUCCAGAUGUCAAGGAACGGUCUCUACUUGCCACGCUUCAUGAUGAGCAACGCGGGCUUCUUCAACUACAGCGCUUUACAUGGGGAAUUAAAGGUUUUCAACAGGCUCAAGUUACUAAUGCUGGCGAGCGUAAAGUGUCAUGCUCUUCCCGUAGAGUUCAACGUCUCAUUGUACGAAGCUUCACUGUUGUCUUCAGUCAUGGUUGGCAAGGUCGCCUUCACAGAACACCUCAUCAACAACGCUAACACAGCCAACCGUGACUACCACGAACUCCUCAAGCGCCUUAACACUACGGAGAGGGACAUCUGGCGGAUACUGGCAUACAAGUGUGAGGACCUCAUCAUCGACUGUGUUUUUAAGCACGAAUUCCUCUCGGGCCAAGAGUGCUGCGAGAAACACUUCAUCACUGUGCUCGGCAACCUGGGGCUAACGUUCGUGACAUCGCGCAAGGUUCUUCAGGAGAGAGAAGCGGUAGCUGCUGGACUCAGCAUGCAUCUCCGCGUGCCUGUGCAACAGCUUGCUCUUGACUGGAAUUACAUGAAUUAUCGAGCGACGAUCCUACAGAGUGGACUGCGGAUCAACAUUUUAUCUGACGACAAAGGCUAUGACUCUGAAGUGUCCUCGCUGGUGCCUGUAACGACAGGCGAACGCACUAUGGUGGCAGUUUCCUACUCCAAACAUGACAACACGGGCCUGUAUCAGAGCAUCGUGCCGUGGUGGGACAGCUCGCUGUCGUGCACCCCCAGCCACGCGCCGUACGAAGAGCGCGCCGUCGUUGGUCAGAACUGCCACGCCGCCAGCGUCCACAAGUGCACCAAGAAGCUCAGGAACUGCGUGCUGGUCACCUACCCCUUCUGGAACGGUGAGAGACUAGACAAGGUACUUGGAAAUUAUCUAUGGAUAGUUAAAAAUACCACAAGAAUCUCUGGAACUGCGUGCUGGUCGCCUACUCUUUCUGGAACGGUGAAAGACUAG